UGGCACACAGCACAGCCACGGGCGACAGGUUACCGGAGCACACAUAGACCGAGGAAAACCUAUCGUCCAAGUCCGUGGCAGAGAUGGACGAGGAUGAGCUCAUCGUGCCGCAGUCGGUGGAGACUGGGGACACGGUCAAGAUGAAGCAGAUCAUGGACGAUGCCGUCAUCAAGGCCGUGCUGGAGAUGGGGUACGAGGAGGACCACACCCUUAACAACGCCAAGCUGGCCGUGAUGGCCCUGGCGUGCGUCUUCGCGGUUACGGCGCAGUUCUGGCCGCAGCCCUUUCCGGAGAGCCGAGCCCUCCUCGCAGUCUGCUGCUUCAGCUACUUCACCUGCAGCUUUGGUCUGCACUUGAUCGUCACCUACUGGGAGAAGGACCUCAUUCUCGCCACCAAAAGAAGCUCAAGCCGAUCUUUGGGGAAGGGGAUCUUUGUGCGGACAGACUUCCCUCGGUUCGACGAGAUUUACACCGUGUCCGUGGAGGAGAGGAAGCCGGGAUCCAAGCCAAUCGAAGAGCAAUGGCACGUGGGGAAAUACUUCGAUUACGAGGGUAACUUUGACGAGUGGGGGAUGGGGGACGCGGUGAAGAAUCUGGUGACCAGGCUGGAGAAGCGCGCAAGAGACAAGAAGAAGAAGGCGAAGAAAGAAAAGAGCGAGUCCAAGAAGUCCAAAUAACAGAAUAGUAACCGGUCUUAAGCUCGGCGUUUGCGGUGGUUCAAGUAGUGAUGUAAACACAUGCCGGUAAGGAGGGCAUCCUCUUUUUCCUUCUAGAGCUGCCUAUGACAGAUUACGGCCGUGGGUAUGCACGAGGAUUGCACAAAUCAUGGGUGUGGUUCGUUUGUGUUGUUGCCCUUUUUGACCUCCGGCAUGCCGUAGUCGUGCUAACCUUGAAGGAACCGAAAUGACGAACACUCCCGUCAAGGAGAACAUAUUUCAUCACAAGCAUGGCGUCCGCGAAAUGCAAAACACUUUGUACGGGCGUCUAGUUUCAAGCGCAUUUCGCCGCUUCUAGCGACACUUGUGAAGAGGGAAGUCAUGAAUGGUCUUAAGCGCGGGGACGGCUGUGUCUGGACACUUUCUUUCGUGGGAAACAUGGCAAGAGAAGUAAAGUAAAGCGAAGAGAUAUUUCCUUCCGCCUGGCAUGUUUGUUUUUCGUUCUUUAGUCGUUGGGUGUACAAGACAGCAAAUGCACGCCACUGCUGUACUUCUUAGUGUUGGCCCACGCUUGGAAUUGGGAAAUGAUCGAAGAUUCACGAUGCCGAGGUUAACUGCAAUUGGUGGGAUGUGGUCUGUCCGUUGCCCGCCCAUGAAUGCGGGGACCGAUUGGUCGGUCGCAGGCCAGAACAAAAGAGCAACGGUGGCUGGUCCACGUACGUCA